AUGUCAAAUAACAUCUCAGGUGAAGAUGGCAGCUUCUCUUCAGCUAACUCAGCUGAUCAAGAAGUUGAAAAACAUCAGAAGCAACAGCAACAACAACAACAAGAAGAGCUUCAAACUUCGAAAACUGCAGCUAAGAAGAAAAGAAACCUUCCAGGAACUCCUGGUAAGUUGAUCAUUAUUUUGUUUCUAAUGCAGAAUAUGAAAACAGAAUCAAGUUUACAGCUUUUGGAUCCAACAGCUGAGGUAGUGGCGCUAUCACCAACAACUCUAAUGGCAACAAACCGUUUUGUGUGUGAAAUAUGCAACAAGGGUUUUCAGAGAGACCAAAACUUGCAACUCCAUAGAAGAGGACAUAAUUUGCCAUGGAAACUAAGGCAAAGGACAAGUACAGAAGUGAAGAAACGUGUAUACAUAUGUCCAGAAGUAACUUGUGUGCAUCAUAACCCAGCUAGGGCACUUGGGGAUUUGACCGGUAUCAAGAAGCAUUUCAGUAGAAAACAUGGUGAGAAGAAAUGGAAAUGUGAUAAGUGUUCUAAGAAGUAUGCUGUUCAAUCUGAUUGGAAAGCCCAUCAAAAGACUUGUGGCACAAGAGAGUAUAAGUGUGACUGUGGAACCAUCUUCUCCAGGUUCCAUGUCAGAUUUUUCAUUUUAUCCCCAAAACUAGUUAAUUUUUUUUUUUUAUCUCUAAUCCCAUGUCAUUUGUGCAGGAGAGACAGCUUCAUCACCCAUAGGGCAUUCUGUGAUGCAUUAACAGAAGAAAACAAUAAAAUAGUGAACAAUCAUGGAGGUCUUCUAAUGCCAAACAUUCCAGAUCUCAAACCCUUCAAUUCCAUUUCCAAUCCAUUAAUGAUGGGUAUUUCAGAAUUCAACAGUUUUGAUCCCAAAAACCCACUAAAAUCCCUCCCUCAAGAUCUAAUGCCUGUCCCAUUUGGGAACAUGUCGGCUGGUAUGUUGUCAACCGGAUCCGGUUCUCUUUUCGGCGGCGGUCCAAGAAGCCUUCACAAUACUUCAUCUUCUAACGGCCUCCAGUUGAGCUCCAACAGCUAUCUCCACCACGAAAGCGGCGAGAUUUCCGGUUCAGUCCCAAUGUCUGCAACGGCUCUUUUGCAGAAAGCAGCUCAAAUGGGAGCAACCGUUAGCAAUACUAGUAUUAGCUCUCCCAUGAUGCAAAAAAGCUUUGUAACUGGCAUGGCAGGCCCAUCUAAUUAUGGCCCAAUUCAACAUCAGCCCAAUAACGGCCCAUAUGAACAGUUAAUGGGGAUUAAUGAUGGUGUAGGAUUGACUAAUGAGAUGAUGGGAGGAAUGUUUGAACAUGGACAAGUGUUCAUGAGGAACUUGGAGCAAGAGGAUAGUAGUGGUUCGAAUAGUAUAAUGCAACAUGGAAAGGCUACAAUGGGUAUAGGCCCAAUGGGCCCAACAAGGUUCGGAGUGAAUAAUAAUAUUAUUGGCGAUAGGAACGACAUGACGAUGGUUGAUUUCUUGGGAAUCGGAGGAGGGUCGUCGUCGUCGCGAGCACCGCCUAAUCUAAACGAACAAGGAUUGGAAUUCGAGGCGAUGAGCCACCAAGAGAUGAACCAUUUUGAUGAUCAUCAAUCCAUGGAAAAGCCUAUAUGGGAUGCUUGA